UGUCUUUCCGUCGAGCAUCAGUCUCUCUCCAUCACUAGGUUGGAAGGCAGGAAGGCAAUAUGUGUAAGGGGUGGGAGGGGCACAUAGCACCAGGCAUCGGUCCAGCCAAAGUUGGCGUAGUCGUGAUGAGCAUGGUUGGCAUGCCGCGCCCAGCCCUGUCUUCCAUGUCCUGAGCCCGCUCUCGACGAUGACCAAGGCCAGAUGCGAUGCCGUCUUGUGGCUCCUCGCAUACAUCUUCUAACAAGCAACAUGCACGUCACGAUAUGUUCGCCCCAUCUGAGCCCCUCACUGCCCAUCAUCCAGUUGCCGGCCGAGCUGAGGUACAGGCUGCUUCUCAUUCGCCCGCUCCUGGGCUCAUGGCCUUCCUCCUCGUCUGGAUAGCCUGUUCUUCCCACCCUUGCCUGGGCCCCUCCCCCCCGAGUCUGGCAUCCUCUGUUAGACAACCCACCAGUGUAUCUCACCCUUGCCCAAAAUUGGACUUGGGCCCCAUUUGGCGGUUUGGCUAACUCUCCGGACCUCAUCUGGCCCGCGCGGGGGCCCUUCCUGAGUCUCCCUUGCCAGUCCCUACUGAGGUGGGCCUCUCUCCCUCUCGCGUUCUUUUUCGCCUUUCUAUGAUGCCUUUUUGACCUCUUUAUGCGACGUCCCCUCGCCUCUACUCUAACCGUUGGACUUCUGGCAGUGGUCUCUCCCACAUUCAGGCCGGCCCCUUUCCUUUCUCUUGAGUGGCUGGUCCUUUCGCUCCUUGUUUCUAUUCGUAGGUCCCAACUUUGCCUAGUGUCUGUUUCGUCUGGUCUGCCCUUCGUCCAAGAGCGGCACUCCUCUCCAGUCCAUCCUGUCUUUUCACUUACUCUUUUCACUUCUCCAUCCCAUCCGUUCCGUUCUCCAUCCUCCCUCUUCCUUCCCUCCAUCAUCCUCAUCCUUUCACAUUGUGUGUUUUUUUCCUUCUUUUUUUUUUCCUCCUUCGACAGGAACAUCUUCGACCGGUCUAUGGAUUAGAUGGUUCGGAAAGCGAUUUAAUAUCUGGCACCGCUGCGGCUCGACGCCUGCGCUCUCUCAUCUCUUCGACCAGUGCCAGGUGAACAAUCGACGAGAUGGACAGCUGGGGAUAUGGUGACCUGUGGACGCGGGCUAAUGCCGACGGCGUGACGACGGGCGGCGGCAAUGGCGUGGGGGAUUCAUUACGAGGUCCCUUCAAGGCUACGAGCAAUUCGACGUCGGCCAUCGUCAACCAGUUCCGUUUCCAGGCCGCGAAAUCGAUUCGAACCUCGACCAUCAUCCUCGCUGUUUUCAACGUCGUCGCCGCCUUCGCCACAGCAAUCGGGAUCUUCUGGGACGGAUAUGCAACAGCCAAGAGGAACAACCAAAAGUUCGGCUUCAGAACACAUGGUUUCACAUUUGUUGGACCUGCCGAGUCCUUUCCGCUGAUCCUGUCUGUCGGAAUUGUCGUCCAGGGCAUCGUCUUCGCUGUUGCACAGUCGACUGGACUCGACCACCUUUUGACCCUGGGGUGCACCAUCACCUCCCAGAUGAUGCUGCCCGCGGUCUUUAUUGUUCCUUAUAUUCAAUUAGUAUUCGCCCUGGAGGUGGCCUUCCGGUCUCUGCGAAAGAACCCGCUGCCGCCUCGCAGCAAGUGGAACGUCACGAUUUGCCUCGCCAUCGUCGGCACUUUCCUUCUUGUCACCUAUCUCGUUACUCUCUUUGUCCGCCCUCCCAACUUCUGCUUCGCCUCGCUCUUCUGGUUCGUCCAGCGCUGGAAGGAGGGAUGUUUCGUCCUGCUUACCUUCAUCUCGGUGGCACUGCUUGCCUCGACUCUUAUCAUUUUCUUCCGCCUCCAUAACAAUGCCAAGAUAGAGAACAGCGAACGUGUCGCCGCCUCCAGGAUGGUCUACUUCCUGGCGGUCGCCUUCAUUUCGACUACUCUUCUCGUCCCCUUCUUCUUCAACCUUUCCUUUACGGAACAGCGGGGCGCCACGGGACAGUCCCUUACGCUGUCCAUGAUCGCCUCUGUUGUCGCAAACGUGUCUGGAUUAAUGACUGGCGGCUUGCACCUAUUCUUGCGAUCAAAUACCCUCUCCACUAUCGGCCCCCGCCAGAGUGGAAAGUGGGAGUCGGAUCGUAAGAAACUCAAGGCCGGAAUUCGGGUCUAUAAUGGUGACGAUGAAUACGAAAACCACAUGAUGAAUCCCGUCGGCCAGGCACGAUCCCUUCGACGGAUGGACAGCACCGAUAGCCUAGUGCCUGAGAAGGAGGAAGAGGCACGCAUUGAGAGCCCCUCUGGCUCACCCACCUACGCGAACCCUCUCCGAUCGAAUGCCGUCUGGCAGCCGGCUCGUUCUCCUGUGAAGACACCCGAGCCCGCCCAGGUCUCGACCUACCAGGUCCCCAAAGCCCACGCUCGCAAGAGAUCAUACUCCUUGUUUCCAUCCGAACAACAAAACAACAACACCAAGUCGAUCACCUUGCUUCCGGCCAAGACAUACGCCCCCGGUGCAAGGAUUCCUGACGAGGACGAGAUGAUGCUUCUCAGACCUCCUCCAUCAAUGCACCCUCAAGGCUUCCGCCAUCGUCGCGAUUCUUCCCUCGCUUCGUCGGCCACUGUGCAGAUCGGCCUUCGUCUGUCAAACGUCGAUGACAUGCCGCCUCUUGACUCGCACUACUUCCAGAACAACGCCAGCGUCAACAGCCUGAGCUGCCCUGACGACAGGGACGCCGAGCCCUCCAAGCGGCCCAGCCCCUUGGCGCAGGUCGAUGUUGCCAGCGACAGCGGGUCGUCUGACUCGGAGGAGGAUGGCACCUUGGUGUCAUCGCCCAUCCGUCGCGAGAAGGAUCUGCGGAUGAGGGCUCUCCCGUCUGUUCCCAGGGUCACCGUGCCCAGGCAGUCGCAGCUGCAAGAGCAAGAGCCGGAGCAGCUCACCCUUAGCCCGGCGGUCUACCGACCCGAGAGCCCGCAGAAGACCAGAGUCACUAGCCCUCAGGGCGUUGGCUUCAACACUCCCGCGCAGCGCAAGAAGGCGCCUGUCAAGUGCACCAAGCAGAAUUGCCAAUGUUCUGGUCAGCACGACAAGCGCGACUGGAUCUGAAGCUAGCUGCACUGCCGCCGAUAUUCUCCCGUUCGGAAGUCAUGAAUUAGACGAAUGAACUCUUCUAAGACGGGCGGUAAAAGCGUUUGGUCCGACCUUCGUGGUCCUAUACCGGAGUUGACGGCGCACCUCAACACGGAUUUUCUUCUUCUCUUAUAUUUACUAUUUUUUUUUUCUUCAUUGGAUGGCGUUUUUUUCCUUUCCUGCGGAGAUACCUGUACGACAUCAAGUCUACAAAUUAUUUGUUUUGUUUUAUCUCUCCGACGAUGCUUCUGCGACGACGCACUGUGUACGAUGUGUGGACAGGCAAGGCUUUCGUUGGAGAGCGUGGGGGCCUAGGAAAAGUAACUAACUCUAGAGUACUGGGACUCUAAAAAUGAAUGGAUGGAU